CUUACCAUAACUCGGCCCGAUCUCUCAUAUGCUGUUAAUCAAAUGCUGACUGGGCUCGUUGUAUUGAGACUCGACGCUCCACCUAUGGCUAUUCGAUUUUUCUUGGUGGAAAUCUUGUCUCAUGGAGUGCUAAGAAACAACCGACUGUCUCACGUUCUAGUUGUGAAUCUGAAUAUCGUGCUAUGGCAAACGCUGCUGAGAUUGUCUGGGUUACUCAUCUUCUCAGAGAACUUCAUAUCCUGCCUCCUGAUCGACCUACUCUCUUAUGUGACAAUCAAAGUGCGAUCUUUCUCAGUCAGAAUCCGGUGUCUCAUAAACGAGCUAAACACAUUGACAUUGACUAUCAUUUUGUUCGUGAACUUGUUUCCUCCGGAAAGCUCUAUACUCGUUUUUUGCCUACCAAGCUUCAACUGGCGGACAUUUUCAUUAAAAGUCUUCCGCGGCCGCUGUUCGAGACAUUUCGUUCCAAACUACGUGUUGGCCCACCGCCAAUUCGCUUGAGGGGGGGUGUAAACGAUAAUAUCUCUUAAAUAUAGAAAUUAUCUUUUGUAUUAAAACAGAAUAUACUUUCCUUGUAUUUGUUUAUAUUCUUUCCUUAUUUUGUAAACCUAUUGUAUUAUAAAAUCUUAAUGAAUCAAGG